UUGAAUAAGGAGUCUGCGCUGGAACUUCUUGGUGAAAUAAGUCCGUAUAUGAAGGAUGGUAUACGAAUAACUUUUGUACCAAAGGCUAUAGGGAUGGUAUCGGCAUUGCAUUAUUAUGCUACUGGAUCCUUUUUAAGAGAUAUCGGGCAAAAUUUGGUGUGUCCAAUAAGUAAAACUACGAUUUGCAGAUCUAUUAAUGAAGUGACUCUUAUUAUUCAAAAUAAGAUAAUGAUGAAAUACAUUAAAUUUCCAACUAGUUUGGAAAUGAAAAAUAGAAUUCGACAAAGGUUUUUCAAUGCUACUGGUUUUCCGGGCGUGAUAGGUGCAAUAGAUUGCACACAUGUUAAAAUAAAAAAACCAUCUGCGGAGGAUGAGUAUUGCUAUAUUAAUCGCAAAGGCUUCUUUUCAAAAAAUGUGCAGCUGAUUUGUGACUACGAUUUAAAUAUUUUAGCUGGGUAUGCACGUUUCGGGGGAAGUACACACGAUGCAUUUAUUUGGGAAAAUUGUAAAGUUAGGCAAUUAAUGCAGCAACAAUAUGAGCAGAACAUAUACACGUGCUGGCUUAUUGGCGAUUCCGGAUACCCCCUUCAGCCUUGGUUAAUGACACCUUACCGAAAUCCUGAAACUAGGGGCGAAGAAAAUUUCAAUAAUCACCACAUACAAGCUCGUAACUGCAUUGAGCGAUUGAAUGGUGUAUUAAAAAAAGUAUUCGCGUGUUUGUCAAGUGAUCGCGGCAUUCUUUUCAACCCAGUUUAUUCUCUUGGUGAAAUAAGUCCGUAUAUGAAGGAUG